UCUUUUGAAGCUUUCAAGGUCAACUACAACACCCAGAAGGUCAAGUGGUUGAUGAAUGAGUUGAUUGCUAUGUGUGUACAAGAAGAAGAGCGUCUGAAGUUGGACAAACCGGAUGUGGCUUACCUCAUGACCGCUAACCCAAAGAAGAGGAAGGGCAAUGUCGAUAAGAAGGAUGUUUCUAAAGUCCAAAAACGUGAUGCAAGUGUUUCUUCCGGCUGUAAGAACUCCAAAGCGAAGUCUUACUGCAAGUUCUGCCGCAAGGAAGGACAUAGACAGAAAGACUGCCAAGACUUUAAGGAGUGGCUGACGAAGAAAGGGAUUCCUUACAAUCCAGAAGCUGGAAAGAAACCGAAGAACACUUAAACUGGGGAAUGGAACAGAACUAGUUGUCGAAGCCGUGGGAAACUUAGAAUUAAUAAUGAAAACUGGUUUAUGUAUUAAACUUUAUGAUACCUU